AUGGAAGAAUUUCUUAGCUUUGGAAUGAAGAGUAAGAGACUUUCAAAAUUUACGAAUGAGUUAAAAAAUGAGCUUGAACAAUUUGAAGAAAAGUUAAAACAAUCCAGAAAUCAAUUGGAAUAUGACAAUACGGAUUAUGACAACAGCGUUAAAAAAAGUUCUCCGCCAUUGAUUCCAAAUUUUAAACGACUUAACGAAGGAACAGAGAAUAGAAGUUGUAAUGAUGAGGAUUGUAAUGGGGGAUUUGAUUCUAAUUAG